GACCAACCCUGUUGGUUUGUCAGACAUAUAUAGCUGAAAAACUGCUUUGUCUUCUAACUUAUGUAUUGAAAAUUGCCUUUACAUAAGCCCCCAUAAGACACAUAUCGCAUAGACAGAGAUAUAAUUCUCAGUGUUCUUUCACCACUUGAGCCACAAAGAUGGAAAUUAAAUUACGUGUUCUUCUUCUACUUUUCCUGCUAAUUGCCUCAGUUAGUGCAGUAUUUCUCAACCCUUAUCCCAAAAUUGCAUCACACAGUCCCAAAAGUGACGAAGAUACUGGAGAGCCCCUCUUCCUCACGCCCUACCUCGAAUGGGGAAAAGUUUCUCUAGCACAAAAUCUAUCAUUUGUCUCCCAUCCCAAACUGAACUGGAUUGAGAGUCACUCAGGAUACUUUACUGUAGACAAAAAGUAUAAUUCCAACAUUUUCUUCUGGUUUUUCCGGGCAAAAAUUGACCCAGAAAAUGCUCCAGUCGUUUUGUGGCUUCAGGGAGGUCCUGGAGCAUCUUCCCUGUUUGGAAUGUUUGCCGAAAAUGGACCAUUUUCCGUGACAGAAGAUCUGGAUUAUCCCCCAAGAAAAUAUUCCUGGCACAUCAAUCACAAUAUCAUCUACAUUGAUAAUCCUGUUGGCACAGGAUUCAGUUUUACCGACAAUGAUUCUGGAUACUCAACCAAUGAAACUUCCAUUGGAAAAAAUCUCUACGAAGCUCUUAGGCAAUUUUUCCAACUAUUCCCAGAAUUGAGGAAAAAUUCCUUCUACAUCACAGGAGAAUCCUACGCUGGAAAAUACAUCCCAGCAGCAGCAUUUGCAAUUCAUGAGAGAAAUCAGGAAGCGACGGAAGAUGAGGUGAUUAAUCUAAAAGGAAUGGCAAUAGGGAAUGGCUUCUCAGAUCCUGUUAAUCAACUAAAUUAUGGGGAUUAUUUGUACCAAAUUGGACUGAUUGAUGACAAUGCCAGAAAGGAAUUUGAGGAAGUCAAAAAAUCCGCAGAAAAACUAAUCUCAUCCGGAGACUACACAGCAGCAUUCUUCCUAAUGGAUUCCCUAAUUGACGGAGACACGAGUGAUAGUUCUCUGUUUAAGAAUCUCACAGGAUUCGAGCAGUACUACAACUACUUGAGUAUCCUGACAGAUGAUGGAUCAGCAGCGAUGGCCAAAUUGAUCCAAAAUGCCCAAAUGAGGAAAGCUAUUCACGUGGGAAAUCUCACAUUCCACGGAAUCGAUCCAAAUGACUCAAAUGACGUUCAAAUGAACCUAAUUGACGAUAUCAUGAGAUCAGUUACUGAUUGGAUCUCUGAACUACUCAAUCACUAUCCAAUUGCCAUCUACAAUGGACAACUGGACAUCAUUGUGGCCUAUCCCCUCACGGUAAAUUACCUACAGCAACUAAACUUCAGGGAUCAAGAGAAAUACUUGAAGGCUGAAAGGCACAUUUGGAGGGUUGACGGAGACAUUGCGGGCUAUGUAAAAGAAGCAGGAAAUCUAAUUGAGAUCUUGGUAAGAGAUGCUGGACACAUGGUGCCUAGGGAUCAACCCAAAUGGGCCCUGGAUCUUCUACUUCAUCUCACGCAUGGAAAGAAAUUCUCACACACAAAACUCUAAGGGGAAUAAAAUGAAUGAAGAAUCCUUUUUGUACGUUACAAAAUGCAAAAGCGAAAAAUAAAAGAGUUUCAAAAGCAUCCAA